UUUUUUUGUAUUGUGUUACACUCAAAUCGCUCCGUCAGUCAUUACAGGGAUGGAAGCAAGACCAAACAGGGGUCGUCAAACUAGCUGGAAAAGAGGUGGAGGUGGAAGUGACAGCGGUGCUUCGGGUGGGGAACACCGGGUCCGGGGAAGAGGUCGAUAUGGAACUGGAAGGGGUAAAAGAGACCAUUAUCGAGGCCGUGGCCGCGGAGGACCACCUUCAGCAUUUGAAAGGGGCCAGACUGAAGAGAGCAAGAUUGAGGUGGAGGAGGAUGAAGAGAAGGAGAUUUUCACCCGGAGGAAGUUGGAGUCUAAUUGGGACCGUUACGAGGAGUCUGAGAAGCAGGAGACUAACAGUGACAUGCCCACACAGAGAGGGACAGACUACUAUGUUCUCCUGGAAUCAGCAGGUGACUCCUUCACUCAAUUCCGUUUUUCUGAAGAGAAGGAGUGGGAGAUGGACCCAUUGGCAGCCAAUCAGAUGUCAGCAGUGCUUGUGGAUCUCCCAGCUCUGGCCGAGUCUCUCCAGGAGCUUCCACUGCACCGUCGGCUGAACCUGGAGGCAGAACUCAUCCAGGUACUGAUGUUUCUACAGAACGGUGGUGUGGCUUCGGUUAAUGCCACCGUUUCGUUGACACAUGCUGUUUUGGCUCAGGUGGUCAUCCCAGUGGAGCUGCCUUCCAUAACCAUGGCAUCAAAACACCACUCCGUGGUCAUGGGGAUGUCCAAGCCUUCCCUCCUAGACUGCCCUGCAGCUCGGAGAGGCCUCACCCCAAGCCUGGGCAUUUCCAAUGCUCCAAGUCCAGUUGUAGACACUGCUCUGAGCUCCGCCACAGCCGAGCCCCUGUUAGUGGACGAUGAGGAUGAGGAGUUGAACCAGCUGCUCAGUCUCCCGGCCUCUGGGUACCGACCUGGUGGUGUGGAGCAGCAGAUUACUGUCCUAGUUCCAGAUAAACCACCAGGGGAGACAUUGGAGAAGCUGGUUCCAGAACUGGAGGAGGAGGAGAAGCUGGAGACCAAGGCCAAAGAGGAGGUGGCCGAACCCCCCAAGACAAACACCGCAGCAAUGAAGGUUACAGAGGAGGAUCUGGAGGACUGGUUGGACAGCAUGAUCUCCUGAACUCAGAUCCUGGUAAAAGGACCUUAACACAUGUUGACAUGCAUGUUAUUGUAUUCCCAGUCCAGGCAGGCAGCUCAUCUGAAAGAGGUUUAGAAAGGACAAAGAUCAGCCUUUACUGGACUUACCAUGAUGUGCCGUCUUCAGACGGACAGUCACAAUAGUAGAAAUGAGUUUUUGCAAAUGCACGGUUGAGUUCCCACCCUCUCCAUACCAACAAUUCAGCUGUUCUCCAUCUCAAACAGUGGACUCUGGGUGACGGAUAAAGACAACAGGGCAGACGGGACUCUGGGUGACAGAUAAAGACAACAGGCAGAUGGGACCCUGGGUGAUGGGAUAAACACCAGGCAGUGGAGUUUUGUGGGCCGUCGCUGAUGUUUUCACUUUGAUUUGAACCCUUCAAAGUCAAGCAGAUGGAUUUUCUCUAACUUUUGCCCUGCCAGAUACUGAAACACACAGCUUGAUCUCCUGAAAGGUUUCUGUUAGUGGAUUGAAGUUGUGAAUUAGUUUACAGGCCACGGACAACAGAGGUGGUUUAUUGCAUUGGUUACUUUAUUCAUGUCUAACCACCCCCCCCCCACUUCAAACCAUAUAAUAGUGGUUGACAGUUUUUGUCUUUGUGUUCAAUAAAUCACAAACUGUA